AGGAGGAGGGAGAGCCACGGGACUUGCUGGUUGGGCCCUAACCUCCGCAACCCCUCCUCCUCGCCUCGCUCUUUUCGGCUUUUUCCCCUCAGCCCUGACGUACGACCGGGAGCGCGCCCGGACGUCACGCUCAGAGAAAGCCGAAGAUGAGAGGUGGCCGGGGCAAGAGAGGCGGGAACAAAGUUGCCGCGCACUGGCGUGCUCGCUCCCGCCAGGGGCCGGCGGGCCGCACCGGAAGUGACAUGUGUAGAAACCGCUCGGCUUCCGGCGAGGGUGGGACUCGAUGUGAAGAAGGGUUAAAGAAAGGAGAGGAUUCAUGCGCCGCCCACUGCUGUUGCUUGAGACUCUCCCCGUGGUGGCGCGCCCGUCGUGCCUGUUGCUUGCGUCCAGCGCGCAGAGCCGGUUCCGGCCCUCUGCAGAUGCCGCACUGCCUGCCUGGUGAGCGAAAGGUCACAGUGAGAACAAGUGUCUGUGGAGACUGCGAGGGAAAUAAUGCUGUUGGUCAGGCCUUCUGGGCUAGGCAGUCACCCCGUAGUCUACCUUCAGUCAAGCCCUGGGAGUGGAACAACUGCGAAAGGAGAGAAGACACCCCGCGAAACAGGGCGGAGAUGGCCUUGGUUUAACUUGUCUAACGGACACCAAAGUUCGAGGCCCCAUCUCUCUCUUUUUUUUUUUUUUUCUUUUUUUUGGAGACUUGAGUUUCGCUCUCGUUGCCCAGGCUGGAGUGCAAUGAUGCGAUCUCGGCUCACCGCAACCUCCGUGAGGCACUUUCUUAUCCUAAAAAACAGACUUGGGAAUCACAGCUCAAGCUUCGGUAACACUAUUUACUUUAAAAUAAAAAAUUUUAAAGCUUUAAAUCAAUGCAGGGAAUAAGUGAAAUGUUAAAAGGAACUACUGAAAAUUCCAUAACUUCUCAGGAGCCUUGAAACCAAAACAUCUUGUGCGAAUGAGGAGUGCCCUCUUAGUACUUCACCCCCUUUCACCUUAAUAUCUACACCUCUGGGGUUGCCAAACAUAGCCAUAUAGUGACCUCACAUCCCAUUUCUUGCCUUAGAAUUGCCCUUCAGUUACAGACUGAGCACUUGGGAUGGUUAGAUUAAAAUCUAAAUGGCUUAUUGACUUUUGGAAUGGUUGGAAACGCAAGCUAAGGCGGCGCGGUGGCACACGCCUGUCGUCCCAGCUACUCCAGAGGCUGAGGCAGGAGGAUCUCUGGAACUCAAGAGUUCGAGGCUGGAGUGAGCUAUGACCGUGCCACAGCACCCCAUACUGGGCAAUCGGCAGGGCGAGGCCCUGCCUCUAAUAAAAAGCCGUCUGUUUAAUGACUACCUGUAGUCACCCCUUUGAAAAUUUAUUUGUUCAGAUCAUCAGUUGGUUUAGUUCUUAAACACUUGGUAUCUAUCCAUCAUUCAUACCUUUGUGUAAAUUAUUUUAAUCAGCUUGACAUCACAGUAUCACAGACUGGACUGAUUUAAGCUAAGAUCAGACUUCACUGACCGAGUACAAACGAUGUUGGUUUGCUGAAGGGUAAAGGAGGAGGCAAAGGAAUAGGUAAUCUUAAAGUCAGAGCAUGUCCCAGGAGGGCCGGCCUGGGUGGGUCACACCAUGGGACGGGCAUUGAGAAACUGAAUAGAAAAAUAGGGGCAGAGUUUCUAAAACAAAUUUCUCGUUGACAGUAUUGUUGAGUGAAGGUCCUGUAGCCAGCCUCCUACCAAAGACUGUUUAGCAAGUGGCUUUUUCAGAAACAUGUAGGAUCAACUUGUUCCAUCAUCCUACGUUAAAUAGACUGGAAUAACAGAACAAAGAGAGCAAAUAAGAGGUUUAGCUUGCAGCUCCCCACAUGUACAAACAGUUCCACUUGAGAAUGUCAUCUUCUAUCAUAUACUUUCAAACAAAACUUGAUCCAUAGUAAAUGGAUAAUUCCCAUGGGUAAGUGUAUUAAAUGGAGAAGAAGAAAAAGGAAAAGUAAAUGGAUAGUUCCCAAUUCAGGCUGCAAACAAAAAACAUGUACUAAAAUAUUUUUACUGUGGUUCUACCACCCACAUGUUUCCUCAAAGAUUCUACCUUUGGUGGGGGAGGUUGAAUGAACAUUUUGAGCUCUCCAAAGAUACCCGCCCACGUGGUUGGAAACACUAAUAACUAAAAGGAUUCAAACUCCAAAAAAUGAGAACGACCUUUGAAUUAGAAGUCGUCUGUGUCUAUAAGCCUGUCUGCUUGCCUGAAUAUUCAAGAGAUUUGAAAUUGCCA